AUGGAAAGAUUUGUGGGAACCGACAAAGAGCGCGCAUUGAUCUCCUCGGGAGUGAAAUCCAUACCCCGUCAACCNNNNCUGUCCGCGAAUGAGAAAACAACCAGUUUGCCCGCCUCGUCGCUUCUUCUCAACUCCGGUCGAACCGGGCAGACAAGCACGUUUUGGCAUUCCAGACAGAGGCUCGCCUCGGAACGACCAUCGUUGCAGAACGGCCACGCGAGCAUUUCCCCGUCAGAUCGACCGUAUUCGCAAAGUGUUCACGGUCUGUCCCAGCUGGGCACUCCACGCUCGCGAAUGAGCACCGCGAACGGAUUGGUCGUGCUCACACAGACCGAUGUGGAUAGCGCCACACCGAACGGACUAUCCCCGACCGGGAUGAACGAUUCAACCACAGACUAUGAUGGCCUUACAGGCAACACUUUGAGCUAUCCAAGUGUACUGCUCACAUCCACACCCAGUGUUCUGUUCCACAAACCGACACCACCACCUCCGCCAAAGGUAAGCAUUUGUUGUUGUUGUUGUUGUCGUCGUCGUCGUCAGGCCUAA